AUGGAAUCAUCAACGGAUGCUGCUGAUCCCUCUCAAUCCGAAAGCAUACUCGAUGCUGAGUCUACAUUGGUCGCUGAGGCACAGCCGGAAGGACGAAAGAACAGGUUCGCGACGAGACGGGAGUCGGCCGGCUUCGCGAAAUCGCGCAAGAACAGGGAGAAGGACACGAAGAAUGUUGGGAGGAGGAGCGGGAGGGGGACACGGAGGAACGACGAGACCGCGAAGGAAGGCUCUGAGGAAGAAAAUGUGGACAAGGCUCCGCGACUACCGAAGAGACAGUGUGCCCUGCUCAUUGGGUUCUGCGGGACGGGGUGCUCCGGGAUGCAGAUGUGCCCAAACGUGCGCACGAUCGAGGGUGUGCUGUUCGAGGCCAUGGUGAAGGCCGGUGCGGUGUCGCAGGACAACGCGGACGAUCCAGUCAAGGUGAACCUGGGGCGAGCGGCGCGCACGGACGCGGGCGUGCAUGCAGCCGGAAACGUCGUUUCCAUCAAGAUGAUCACAGACGUGCCUGACGUUCCAGACAUUGUCAGCCACAUCAACUCCUUUCUACCGCCCGAAAUUCGGCUUUGGGGUUAUGUCCGUGUGCAGAAUUCGUUCAAUGCUCGCGUGUCUUGCGACAGCCGCAAGUAUACCUACUUCUUCCCUUCAUAUCUUCUGAUCCCCCCAAAGCCAGGGAGCGGACUGGAUCAGACGUUGAACAACCUACCGCCCUCCUCUUCCGCUUCCAAUGCAGCCCCCGUUGAGCAGCCCACCUCGCACCCUUUUUGGUCUGAGCUUGCACAUGCAGAUAGCACAAAAGAGGAUGAUCUGAUCAGAAAGCGAAAAUGGAGAGUAGGCUCGGAGAUGGUUGAGAAGCUCAGAGAAAUUGCGAAAAAGUUUGAAGCCAGUCACAACUUCCACAAUUUCACAGUCGGCAGGGACUUCAGUGAUCGGAGCACUCAGAGACAUAUGAAAAAGAUCGAGGUAGCUGAUCCUACCGUGUAUGGUGAGACGGAGUGGAUUAGUGUCAUGUUUCACGGGCAAAGCUUCAUGCUCCAUCAGCGCAAGAUGAUGUCGGCAUUAGUGCUCUCCUGUCGCACCAGCACUCCCACACAGAUCAUCGAUGAGCUUUACGGCCCGCGGCAGGUCCUCGUACCGAAAAUGCCUUCCCUUGGCCUCCUGCUCGAACACCCGAUCUUUGAAUCUUACAACGCCAAAAUCGCGCGCGUAAAUGAUAAGCUUUCGCCGACCGACCCGCUAUAUCGACCCCCAAUCGACUUCGACAUAUACAAAGACGCGAUUGAACAGUUUAAGCAGGAACACAUCUACGAUCGGAUGAGGGACAUCGAAGAUCGAGGCGGAGUGUUCGACGCUUGGGUGCGUUCAAUCGAUGCGUACUCUGGCAACGACCUUGCCUACCUCAAUACGAAGGGCAUCAUUCCACCGUCCGCCGUUAUCAAAAAGGGCGAGCGGAGGGCAAACCCUUUGAAAGAGCGAAGGAAAUUUGACGUGACAUCUUUCUCUUCGAGUGGGAAGAUCGAUCUUGAGAUAGACGAAGAAGAAGGGGAGGCAGAACAGGAGAGCACGCUGGACAAAGCAGAGCUGGCUGAGAUGGAAGGAUAG